AUUUGGCAAAAUUUAUAAAAUAUUUUUUUAGUAGAAUCUUUUCGCUAAAAUUGAAACUUUUAAUAUUUAAUAAGACAAUCGCCUCAAAAGUAGAAUGUUGGGUCACAUCAUUCAUAUAUCUUAUUUAUUAUCGCGUUCGUCGUUCUUUUAUCAAAUCGAUGAUCCAAAAUCUCGCGGUUCUGACCUUCGGUUUGAUAACAUUUCGCGGAAGCAUGCGCUCGUGGACGCACGACAUGUGGAACUCGCGGUGGGGUGCGCGAACGGAGGCGGAGCGAAACGGUGACGACGACGGUGGUGGCGGCAGCGACUCAAGUGACUGUGAGCGACUGGCAGUGACGGAGACAGCGUCGAGCGGUGUGGUCGAUCGUGUUUCGUUUCUAUGAAACACGGAAAAAACGAUCAGCUUUCGUUCACGCCGCCACGAGACGGCGAUUCUCAGUUGAAUACGCGCGCUUCGCUCUUCGAGACGCUGAAGUCUCUCGCGAAAUUUUUUACUUUUUGGAAAACCUGGAGGAAAGGAUGUUGCUCACCGUUGAUGCCACGCACACCAGACACUGAACCCACUCUUUCUCUUUCUAUCAUCGUCAGCCGGUUUUCUCAGCUCCGAAGGAGAGCGAGAGUCUCGUGUUUGUCGACUUCGGGAUUAGCCGCCACGUGUGCGGAUAGGCGAAGUGUGCCUACCAGAACACAGGCGUUCGCGGUUUCCGCGCGAAAUAAACAGAGAACGAAAGUCAAGAAACGAGUUAUCAAUUCAGUAAAACGGUACGUCCGCAAUUUGCGCUUGGGUUCCAUCGUCCAAUAGCAUGCUGUGCAUAAUCAACGCCGUACGCAAUUGCGGAGUGCAAGAACAUAAGGGGCUAAGUAUAGCGAUAUAUCGCUGUCCAAGAAAUGAAGAUGUGUGAAGUACACUCCCUCUCGCUUGCCUGGAGGCGGCGGCGGCAUUCGCUUCCCUAUUUCUGAAAUCAGCAGUCUUGUUUUCAAACUGUUUUCGAAUGACUAUGCAUGUAACUUUAUCGCUCGAUACGCUCCGUUUGAGAUAAAGCGCUUUUAGCAUAAAGGGACAAUACAUCACUAAAUAUGCGUCGCAGUAAUGCAAACGCUAUGCGAAUAAAUCUUUACAACUGUUCAUAUGCAAGAUCGUUCGAUCGUUAACGUGCAAAUUAUACGUAUGAGCUAAUAAUUAUGUCGUUUCAGCUUUUGUGUCUUUCUUGUCAGCGGAAAUUUGUCGAUAAGUCUUGAUAGCGGAAAUUUGUCGUUAAGUCGAAAAAAUGUACUGCAAUCAUUGAUCAGAAAAGACUAUCUGAUCUACUGCAGGAAAUGACACCUGUUCGAAUAACAAUAUUUUAUAUCAAUCCAAUGAUUUCAGCGAUUAAAUUUGAUUAUAACAUUGAUGACAGAAGCGAUAAUAACUUUUAUAAAUGUGAAGUUCUAAUUGAGAAUUAAUGUUUUACAAGAUUUGGUAAACAUUAUAUGGAAUCAUUUCCAUUACCACGUUCCAACUUUCUACAUGAAAUUUAUAUGAGAAAGCUGGAGCUGCAAAAAUUUCAAACUUAUUCUAAAUACGCUUCAUAAGAUCCAGACAGCAUAAAAUAUUCAUCAUAAAUAAUCACAAAUAUUCUGAAAAUUUACUUUCAAAAAAUAUGUAGUAAAGAAUAUGUGCAAAAUAUUUAUGUAUACAUAUUUCAAUAUUUUAAUUUCUUAUAAAUAUUUCUAAAUUUUAUUUUGUGUUGUCUGAGAAAUAGCGUUACUUAGAAUACCGUUCUUUUGUUAUUGGAUUAAAUCAUUAAUUACUUUGGUUGUCCAGCUAGCAAAAAAUUUCAUCCUGUGCAUUAUUCCAUGUUGCAUCUCGAUGCUAUCCCGUCAUACCUCAGAUCCUGUCGAAUCCCUUCAUGAGACGUCCGCAUCGACCUUCAAAGUUUGUUGCAAAAAUCUGAACAAACAAUUUUGAAAAAUGGCAGAAAAGAAAAAAGGCAAGAAGGCAAAGAAGAAGAAGAAGAUCGUGGAUGAGCAUCAGUUGCGCAGGGACCUGAGGGAGCAGGCGAAGAUGACGAAGUCCGCGGACCAGGUGCAGGAAGCUACGAUGUCCACGCAGGUCGAGCCACAAUACUCUGAGGAUAUUAGAAUCGGUGGUGUAGAAGGAGGCGGCACAUACUCCACACUCGUAAUACUCGACGGCAAAGGUGCAAAGCUAACGGAAGUUAAAGGACCUAACACUAAUCAUUGGGGAAUCGGAAUAGACGAGACAGCUGCUAGACUCAGUGCGAUGAUUGAGAAGGGUAAACAGGAACUAAAUAUACCGGAAACUGUUCCUUUAGAUUGCGUAGGACUUACUUUAAGCGGUUGCGAGGAAGAAGCUAGCAAUCGUCAGCUCGUGGAAACUUUAUUGAAAAAAUAUCCACAGUCUGCCAAAGACUACGUGAUUGGCUCAGAUACUCUUGGCAGCCUUAGGACUGGCUUGGAGUCUGGCGGGAUUGUGCUGAUCGCUGGAACUGGCAGCAAUGCUUUGCUAAUCAAUCCGGAUGGAAAGACUCAUGGUUGCGGAGGAUGGGGACACAUGAUGGGUGAUGAGGGAGGAGCUUACUGGAUAGCUCAUCGCGCCUGUAAAUAUGUAUUCGACGAUAUUGAUGGGCUUGUGGAAGCACCAGAACCAAUAAGUUAUGUAUGGCCGGCGAUGAGAAGUUACUUCAAUGUGAGCGAUAGAAACGGCAUAUUACCAUAUCUGUAUGCGAAUUUUGAUAAAAGCACUAUUGCCAGCUUCGCCAAGGAACUUGCAAUCGGCUGCGAAAGGGAUGAUCCGCUGUGUCUGAAGCUCUUCGAUGAAGCUGGACAGAUUCUAGCGAAGCACAUUAUCGCCCUUUCGAAGAAGGCCCAUAACGAUCUCAAACUUGCUCACGGCGGCCUGAAGGUGAUCUGCGUCGGAUCUGUAUGGAAAUCAUGGAAAUUCAUGAAAAACGGUUUCGUGAAUGAGAUUCACAACAGGAGCAUCGUGGACGAAUUGAGUCUGCUGCAUUUGACGACAACGUCGGCAUUAGGCGCUUGCUACCUGGCUGCGGAAAAGAUCAAUUGUCCGUUUGUCAAACCGUACGACAGCAACGUCGAAAACUUUUUUCAUUACAAGCGUGAUCAUUAUCCGGAAGCACAAAAAACAGAACAUUCGGUAGAAUUAAAAAAUUACACGUCCGAGUGUAGUAACGCUCACGCUCACGUUCGAAAUGAAGAAACUACAUGAUAAGAUAUAAAUGAAUAAGGAAGUUCUGAUAAAUAUGCUAACGCUUUUUUUAGUCGACAUUGGAAUUCUUUAUCUGUAAACACGUUGCAAAAGUUACAAACGAAUUAUAUCUCGCAUGAUUAAUAAUCGGAAAGAUCUAAGUUCCUGAUUAGAGCGAUUAUGAAACGCAGGUGUAGCAGGUUUAAAUAUAUGAUAAGCUACACAGAUAUGCGAAAAAUGAAAAAAUUGCUUUUGUAAAAAUUACAUAUUGUAAAUUCGAUUUAACAUGUAAAUAAAUUUUUACGGAACCGAAAGCAAUAUAACUUUAAUUGCAAUAUAAUAAAAUCUUCUCGAGUAUGCGCUGUUGGAAACUGACAUAUUUUAAUAUAUUUCAUAAACUUAAGGUAACAAAAAACUAAGCAAUUUUUUUCUUCGACUACAUAUAUAGUAUAAUCGAGAUGUAAAUAUACAAUUGAUAAACUGUACAAGCUAUGUAUUCUGUACACGCUUUUUGUUCUUAACAAUAGUUGUCAGUGUUGUUGCACAGAUAUUUUACAUGGUAAGAAAGCUGCGUAAUGACACCAACUACCGUUUAAAUCAAAAAGCGUAUACAGAAUACACAAUCUGCAAAAAAUGAAAGAAUUGCUUUUGUAAAAAUUACAUAUUGUAAAUUUGAUUUUAACGUGUAAAUAAAUUUUUACAAAACCGAAAGCAAUAUAAUAAAAUAUUAAUUGUAAUAUAAUAAAAUCUCGAGUAAAUGCUGUUGGAAAUUGACAUAUUUUAAUGUAUCUCAUAAAUUUAAAAAAAUAAACAGGGUAACAAUCAAAAA